UGUCGCACACGUUUUCUUAGCCUCGAUGUCCGCAAUGAUCCAACGAUGGUCGCAAUUCUUCGGAUUUACUUCCCACAGCAGUGCUACUGCGGCGUCUGCAGCCAAUGAUUGGAUUGUCCAAGAGCGGGCUGUUGAUGACUACCGCCUGCUGAGAGUCGUGGUGAUCGGUUCAGGUAUUUCUGGGAUCAUCUCUUCAAUCCGACUUCGGCAACGGAUUCAGAAUCUGGAUCUCUGCGUUUACGAGAAGAAUACGGAUAUCGGUGGCACUUGGCUGGAGAACAGAUACCCGGGUUGUGCAUGCGAUGUUCCGGCUCACACAUACCAGGCUACCUUUGAACCCAACAAAGAAUGGUCUGCCUUCUAUGCCGCAGCCCCCGAGAUUCACAAGUAUUGGACGCGGGUGGCAGAAAAGUAUGGCUGUAUGGAGCACAUCAAGUUUGAACAGCAAGUCAUUGAGGCCUCGUGGGACGAUGCUACAAGCAAGUGGAAUCUGCUGGUCAAAGAUCUUGCUAGUGGGUCGACCUACCAAGAUCGAUGUGAUGUGCUCAUAUCGGCUACGGGGGCUUUGAACGACUGGAAGUGGCCGAGUAUUCCGGGCCUCCAUGACUUCAAGGGGAGAUUGAUGCAUAGUGCUGACUGGGACGAGUCAUAUGACUACAGCAACCAGAAAGUGGCCGUGAUUGGGAACGGAUCGAGUGGCAUUCAGAUCGUUCCCGGCAUGCUGCCGAAAGUGGCGCAUAUUGAUCAUUAUAUCAGAGGUCGCACUUGGCUGUCACCUACCUUCGCCAGGAAUCAGGUCGAUAAGCGUGGCACUGAACUCGAAAACUUUUCCUUCUCUCCAGAGGAGAUUGCAAGAUUCAAGACGGACCACAACGCCUACCAGAAGUUCCGCAAAGAGAUCGAGCUUGAGCUGCAGUCUAUCCAUGGUGCAACGCUUCUGGGAACCCCUGAGCAGCUAGGUUCUGAAAGUGUCUUCACACAGAAUAUGAAACGGCGCUUGCAACGUAAACCGGAGCUCCUUGAGAACCUUCUUCCCUCAUUUCCUCCUGCCUGCCGCCGUCUGACUCCAGGUCCUGGCUAUCUAGAGGCCUUGACAGAUGAAAAGGUUGACGUCAUUUCGAGCGAAAUUAUCAAGGUGGAUUCGACUGGUAUCAUCACAGCAGACGGUGUGCAUCAUCCUACCGAUGUUUUGGUAUGCGCCACGGGGUUCGACACCACGUUCACACCCCGGUUCCCCAUCACUGGGCGCGAUGGAUUGUCUUUAUCCCAGCGCUGGGAGAAAACGCCAGAGACUUACCUAUCUUUGGCAGUGGAUGGGUUCCCCAAUUACUUUGUCUGUCUCGGCCCGAAUGCAGCCUUGGGUGAGGGAAAUCUGCUGCUUCUGAUAGAGAAAGAGAUCGAUUACUUCACGUGCUGCCUACAGAAGAUGCAACGGGACAACAUCCGCGCAAUGUGUGUCCGGAAAGAAGCCGUGGCGCAGUUUACUCGGCACUGCGACCAGUAUUUCUCACGCACCGUGUUUAGUUCGAGCUGCCGCAGCUGGUAUAAAGGGGGGCGAGAGAACGGACGAGUGACGGCACUGUGGCCUGGUUCGUCGCUCCAUGCUAUGAAGACGCUCGCGCAUCCACGCUGGGAGGAUUACACGUAUGACUAUGUGGACAACAAUUCGAAUGGCUGGAUAGGCGACGGGUGGACCAUGAAUGAGAAGAACAAGGUUGUCGAUGUCGACUAUCUCGACGACGACCAGAUGGACUUCCCUCCAGUUGCCUGUGUGAUGGGCAAUCAAUAGAAGUUAGAGG